AUGCCCACCCCCGGCAGCACCUCCUCCCCCGGGCCCCUCCCCGAGGACGUUAGGAACCUGUUGGCAGAUGUUGAAGCAUUUGUAGCAGACGUUCUGAAAGGGGAAAAUUUAUCCAAGAAAGCAAAGGAAAAGAGAGAAUCUCUUAUUAAGAAGAUAAAAGAUGUAAAGUCUAUCUAUCUUCAGGAAUUUAAAGACAAAGGUGAUGCGGAAGAUGGGGACGAAUAUGAUGAUCCUUUCUCUGGGGCUGCAGACACUAUUUCAUUAGCCUCAGAGAGAUACGAGAAAGAUGACGAAGCUCCCUCUGACGGAACCCAGUUUCCUCCAGUGGCAGCACAGGACCUGCCGUGUGUUUUUAAGGCUGGCUACCUUGAAAAACGCAGAAAAGAUCACAGCUUUCUGGGAUUUGAAUGGCAGAAACGGUGGUGUGCUCUCAGUAAAGGCGUGUUCUAUUACUAUGGAAGUGACAAAGACAAACAGCAGAAAGGUGAAUUUGCAAUUGAUGGCUACCACGUCAGGAUGAAUAACAGUCUUAGGAAGGAUGCAAAGAAAGAUUGCUGCUUUGAAAUCGCGGCUCCUGAUAAACGUGUCUAUCAGUUCACCGCAACUUCUCCCAAAGAUGCCGAAGAAUGGGUACAGCAGCUGAAAUUUGUAUUACAAGAUAUGGGAUCUGAUAUUAUUCCUGAGGAUGAUGAAGAAGGAGGAGAAUUAUAUGAUGAUGUUGAUCAUCCUCUACCAUCCAGCAGUUCUCCAGCCGGCAGUCAGCCAAUUGAUGAUGAAAUUUAUGAGGAACUUCCAGAUGAGGAGGAGGACGCCGCUCCGGGGAGAGUGGAUGAGCAGAGGAAGACGAGCCAGGACAGUGGCCAUCACAGCACAGGAGAUAAAAGCACCGACUACGCUAAUUUUUACCAGGGUCUGUGGGACUGCACGAGUGUCCUUUCUGACGAGUUGUCAUUUAAACGCGGGGAUGUGAUUUACAUUCUGAGCAAGGAAUACAAUAGAUACGGCUGGUGGGUAGGAGAAAUGAAGGGAGCCAUUGGCUUGGUGCCGAAAGCCUACAUAAUGGAGAUGUAUGAUAUCUGA